ACAGGAUGACGUAUUUCCGGGUCAAACUUGCUUCGAACUUUAUAAAUAGAAUCCUGGUGCAGUGGUGCGUUCAUGUCGGAUAUUACCUGAUGUACUGUCAGUACUAACAAUUUUAAUUAACCGAAUCUAAGCUAACGCUAGCUACAUUCAGACAUGGCUGGUUUACCACCCGGAGACCCACAGCUGGUCUCAAUGAUCGUCAGUCAUUUAAAAACACAGGGUCUCUUCGACCAGUUCAGGAGGGACUGCCUGGCGGACGUUGAUACAAAGCCAGCUUACUUGAACCUGAAACAAAGAGUGGACAACUUUGUCUCUAAUCACCUUUCUAACCACACAUGGAGCCCUCAUUUGAACAAGAACCAGCUGAGAAACAACAUCAGACAACUCGUGCUGCAAUCUGGGAUGCUGGAGCAGGGAGUGGACAGGAUCGUGGCCCAGGUGGUGGAUCCCAAAAUCAACCAUAUCUUCAGGCCGCAGGUGGAGAGGGUGGUCCGUGAAUUUCUUUCACCUGGCAGCUGCUCUGAGGAGCCACCGGCCCCACUGCCUUUAACAGAGACCAAACCAGACAGCAGCAUUCCUGAGCAAGCCUCGUCAGCUGCUCCAGCUACCACGUCAGCCAGCGACGCCAUGUCCAUCCUGGACACCAUAACCUCUCUCAACCAGGAGGCUAGCGUCAGGGCCAGCUCAGGCACAGAUAAAGGACGUAAAGGCCAAGCUUCCGAUGAGCCCAUGCAGCUGGUGGAGGACGGCGAGCAGGACAUGAGUGUUGUUGAUGAAGGAGACAGCCACCAUGACGGGAAGACACUGGAAGAGGCAGAGGAGCUGGCAUCAGAGUUCCAGGCGUUUGAAGUAAAGACAGAGGACACUCAGGAACAGAUGGAGCUGGGAAAAGAGGGGUUAAUAGAGGAGGUGAAGAUGGAAGAGGAGGAGUCAGGAGCUCAGGAGCAGACAGAGGAGCUAAAAGAUAAAGCUGCCAGCAAAACAGCUGGAAAACCCACAGAGGAGAAGCAGGAUGAUGAUCUGCUGAAAACUUCAAGUCAGGCCAAGCAGAAAGCCAGAGAGAGGAUAAAGGAAGAAUACUUUUUGGAGGACUCCGACCUGGACGGCCUGAGCGACAUCACAGUGAGCUCUGUCCACACCAGCGACCUGUCGUCGUUCGAGGGAGAAAGUGAAGAUGAGCAGCUGCUGUCUGAUUCCUCUGAGGAGGGGGAGCUUCCACCAGAUGAUCAAGAUGAGAUAGCAGAAAAGAAACAAGCAAGUGGCGACGCAGGAGAAGAAGAACGUAAACCUCGCCGCAAGGCCUACGUUCACAAGCCCUUCCUCUACUCCCGUUACUAUAGCGACUCAGAUGAUGAAAUCACGGUGGAAGAACGUCGGAGAUCUGCGGCAAAGGACAAAGAGGAAAGGCUGCUCAAUAGACAGCAGAACAGAGAGCGAAUGGAAGAGAAGCGCAAACAGAAAGCAGCACAGGCUGAAGAACAAGAUCACAAAAAACAAAAGAGUGGAGACUCUGCUGGGCUGGAAGGCCCCAGAGCCAAAGAGGCUCGCAAAGAACGGAAAGUUCUGGAGAAGAAAAUGGCUCUCAACAGGAAGAGGAAGCUAGACUCAAGGAAAGACGGAGAUGUUUCGAACAAAAAGAAAGGAGAUACAGAAGUCUCCAAGAAAGCGGAAGUGAAAUCUACAGCCUCAAAGACUUCACAACCGAAACUGAUAAGAAAUCUGUCAGAAUUGGCAUCGUCUGAUGAGAGGAGGAUCAGCGGCAGCGUCUCAGAAGAUUCCAGUGAAGCCAAAAAGCUAUCUGACAAAGGCCGGACACACUCCUUCAUCCUGGAGUUGGAGCAAGGUUCCCAAGAGGCUCUCAAACAACGCUCAGUUGGGAAAUUUGAUAGGUCGUCCCGUAAAGAAUUUCACUCGAAAGAACGCAAAGAGAAGGAACGCAGCUUGUCAGAUGAGCGUGCCAGGCUCAAACAAAAGGAGAAAAAAUCUGAACAUCAGACAGAUGAAUCUCAGCAGAAGGAAGGUGCUGCUGUUAAAGUGUCCUCUGAAGAGAAAGGUGAGAAGAAGCCGAAGAUUAAAAGUGAGAAGAAAAUUGCAGGAACCACAAGAGAAGGAAAGUUGUCUGUGUCAGAAGGUGUGGCAGACGAGGGUCCUAAAGAUGCUACUGUCAAGAAGGCGAAAGCCCCAUCUAUGGAAAUGGUCAAAGCAGAGAAGGACAAGGAGAAAGAGAAGGACAAAAUUAGGGAAAAGGAGAAAGAUAAGGAUAAGAGCAAAGAAAAGGAAAAGGCCAAAGGAGAGAAAACUUCAGCUAAAAGUGAUUUCAAGCAGCUGCUCCGCCCUGAUUCUGCCGGCUCUUCUGAGGAUCGGUCUGACAUGGAGCCCGGGUCCGACAGCAGCAAGAAGAAAGAUAAACACUCCAAGGAAGUCCUGAAAAGGUCAAGGAGCCACACUGAGGACAGGCCAGGGGACAAACCCAAAUCUAAAACUGAUAGUAAAGACAAUGAGAAGGAAAAGACUAAAACAGAUCAAGACAGCCAAAAAUCAAACAAGUCCAGCCCUGAAAUUGACAAAGAUCCCAAAAGGGUCAAGCCAACAGAAAAGGGAAGAAUCGUGGAAAAAUCUAAAUCAAAAUCCAAAGAGGAAACAAAGACUCUAUUGUUAUCAAAGGCAGAUAAUAAAGUUCAGAGUACAGGAGGUGCACCCGUCAGCAAACCUGAGACAUCAAAGGAAAAGAAAAAAGAGGGAAAUGCAAAGGAACAGCGGAAAGUCUCAGAUGAACCUAUCCAUGAGAAAUCAGAAAUUAAGAGUGCAAAGAAAAAACUGGAGAAGAAGGAUAAAGUCCCAGAAAAGACAGAUGAGAGCCAAGAAGAGAAGAAAGCACCCAGAGAAGACAAAUUGGAAAUGUCUGAUAAAUCUUCGAAGUCUUCAGUUUCCUCACUGAAUCUUGACGCAGAGGAGCAGCCGAAGAAACGGUCUCUUCUCCAAGACACGAGCACAGACUCUGAUCCCGUCACCACCACUGUCACCACCUCCUUCUCAGACGACACCUGCGAUGCUUUAAGCGACAUCACCCCUGAGCCACCCGAAGGUGAAACAGAGUCACGCCUCAGUGAGAUGCCAGCUGUGCCGGCUGAGGCUGACGCUCUGCUGACUCUCAUGGACGUUUGUACCUCAGCAGAGGCGAGACUUCCUCCUGAGAGCAGUCGAGAGGAUGUGACACCUGAGAUGACUCUUCAGGACGCUGACAUGAAGAUGAAAGAAGCAGCUCUGACUCUGCUCUCCAUGGAUCCUGACAGUACAGUGUCCUCCACCUUAAUUUGCCAAGAUACCAGGGAAGAGCCAGAGGUGAAUCAGACGGUGGAAACCACUGCAGCUGAACAAGAAGAGCAGCAUGCUCCUGUAGAUGUGCAGACAGCUGCUGAAAAUGAGUUUACAGCCACUGAGCUGUCACCAGUUGCAUCUCAACAAACUGUUGAGCUUGUUGAUGAAAAACCAAAUGCUGCAGAUGUGUCUGGAAAUUCAGAGGCAGAAAUGCAUGUGGCAAAGGUUGAAAUGUCUGAGUCUCUUGCUCCACAGGAGAAUGACACUACCUCAAAUGAAGGUCAGACCCAUUUAAAUGAGGAUGAAGCCAAAAGUGCAGAAAUUGCUCCUGAAAGACAGCCAGAUGAAAAAAUGGUAGCAGCUGGCAAAGACGCUGCUGAUGCUGUUGUGACUGAAACAGAAGAGGUCAGAGGAACCACAGAGGGAAGCACAGUUCCAGUUUCUGAUACCACUGAACAAGUCUCAGAAACUUCCAUUAAACAAGAGCAAACUGAGCCAGAUGUUGCCGACACAAAGACAAGCCCCAAGGCAGAGGAAGUGGUAGCUGACGACAACCAGCCCAAGAUGGACAUAGAUAACAGUGAAGCUGAGAGUAAGGCAGUGGAGGAAGAAACUGUUGCAACAGAGAAGAGUGAUCCACAAACUAUGGAAUACAAAGUCUUGGAGAAGACUGAGGAGAUCAGAGAAAGCGGACCUGAGAGUCCGUCCAAACUGGUCAAACAAAUCAGUAAUGUCUCCAGCACAGACAGCCAGGAAGACGAGAAGGGAUCAGAACUGUCAGAAAAGGAAGAGAAGACGGAGGGAAGAGGAAGACGUAAACAAAAGCUGUCCAGUCAGAAAGUUGAAGCAGUCAAAAAAUCUGGUGAUGAGAGGGAUGAAAAGGAAAGUAAAGAGCAACCGUCUGCUGAGGAAACGGAUCAGGAGAAGGUUGUUGAAGUCAAAACACCACGCAGGGGUCGAUCAUCAAAAUCUACUGAGGAGGCAGAGCAGGACCAACGUAAAGAACCUGAGAAACUGGAGGAGACUCCGAGCCGCGGGGAAAGAUGUUCAGGAGCUAAAGAAGCCACUGCUGAUGAUCAGAAGAAGGAUGAGAAUGAAGACGAAGAGAGGACCGAUAAAACUUCAUCAGGAAAACCAGCUGAGAGUGAAGAGAGAACUGAAGAGAAAAGUGGACCAAAGAGAAUUGGACGGCGAGGAAGUCAAGUCAGUCUGCCGUCUCCUGUCCCAGAAGACACUGAAGCUGCAGGAAGCUCCGACGCUAGAGAGACCACUGACACGCGUAAACCAGCAGUGAAAAGGAAGAGGUCAGAAGAAAUGGAGGAAUCUGUGGAGGAAACUCAGGUUGAAGAGGAGGUAAAGAAGGACAACAGUCAACAGGAACAAAGAGAGCCACAACCUGAAACAGACAGUGGUUGUUCCCCUUCAGUGAGCCAGGCAGAGGGUCAAGAGGAGGUCAAAGAGGAGGUCUGCAGCGAGAAGAAACCAGACGAUGUGGAGGAGGAGCAACCCCAAGAGGACCAAGAGACGACUCCAAAGAGACCCGGUCGGAGGGGACGGCCGUCGAAGGCAGCGGCAGCCACAGAGGACACAGAUAAAAAGGACAAAAAGGCAGAAGAAAGUGAGCAGAAUGAUGAAGAGGAGGAGGAGGAUGGUGAGAAAGACGAGGAAGAAAAAGGAACUGCAACCAGAGCGACCACACGGUCAGCAUCUCGCCUGGAGGCUGAGAGAAACAAGCCAAGUAAACCAUCCACCCGGGCAAGUCGACAGAACGGUAAAGAGGAGACCGCAGCUGGCACAUGCGGGACGAGGGGCCAGGCAGCGGCAGCGAAGGGGGGCCGUAAGCGGGAGGCCAGCCCCCCUGCGGUGCGAACGCGGGGAGGACAGAAAUCAGGGGAGCCCCCUUCCAAGAGAGCCAAACGCUAAAACCUCUGACAGCAGUGGACUGGUUUGCCCCAGCAGGGUUUUCUCUGCAUUCCAUAUCCAAGUCAGUGUUGUUGUCGGGGGUCAGAGAGCCUCUUCAGUCGGUUAGCACGUAAAGCUGUUUCUGCUUCAUUGACUGUAGAUAUUAAAAAGCUCUGGAUAGUAUUAUACACUCUCCUCUGAUAGUUGAGUGUAAACCUGAGGAUCUGUGUUGGAAUCCCCCCAGAAUACCUUCUACUGCACUACGCCCAUAUGGUUUGGAUCAGACUUCAUCAUUCCUCCGUUUAUUCAGUAAUGCCCAGUGAACCAGUGAGUAUUUAAGGCCAAUCAACGGCCUAAUGUGCAGCAGAGUUGUGCUUUGAGAUCAAGAGGCUGAAUUGAAGUUAGCUGUCAGUCACAGUCAGUGUUUCACCUCCACAGACAUCACUGUUACACAUCCAAAUGUUAUCUGGUUAUUUUUAAAUCCAAACACUUGUACAUAGAAAUCACUGUGAAGCGUCUAGCCUGCAUUGUGAAUUUUAUUAUUCGAUAUUCAUUCUGUGAAUGAAAGGAGGAGUUUUCGUUUUUAUACUUAAUAUUCAGAGGCUAAGGGAAGUUUUUUUUUUUUUUGUAUUUCUCGGUUGAAAUAACAGCAGUAUUAGUCACAGACAGGAAAGACACAACAGUACAUGAACAGUAUAUACAGUCUAUAAACUGAAACGUCUUCAUAACAACACCCUCUGCAGACAAAGACUGUUACUGUCUAAAUGGAGGUAAUCAAGUUAUUUGUAUUGUUUAAGAGUUAACUGUAUAUCAAAAUAACAUUGUUGGAUAUCUUACCUACCUGUCAAUGUAAAGACAUUUGUUUCAUAAAUGUAAAAAUACUGAA